GGGGCCAGAGGGGAGCUUGAGGAAGCUUCGCUGGACCAUGGCCUUCCUGGUGGCUGGGACCCUGCGGGUGGCCGCACAGAUGGCAGACACUUGGGACAGCCUGGCCAGAAUGGGAAGGUACAACAUGUUGGGCCCCAAGGUGGCCCUGAUGCUGAGCAGCCCAGGAGUGCCGGCCACUACUGUCACCGCCCUGGAGGGCCUGCUGCAGGCCUUGGGCUUUGAGCGUCCUGAGCAGAGGGAGGCCUCCCUUCAGGACUUUCUGGAGGAGGUAGCUCGAUUCCGGGAGCAGCUGGACACCCUCGGGAGCCCCAUAGGGUGUGCACUGGUGGCCUUGGUGAUCCCCCGAGGGCAGCUGAGGCGGCCCCAGAGGCUGGCCCAGGAGCUGAGUCACUGUGGGGCCCUGCAGGGCCGUCCCAAGCUCCUCCUGCUGUUGACCAGUGCGCCCGGGGCUACUGCGGAGCCUGGAACCUUCCUCCAGGGUCUGGCUGAACUCAGUGGCUGUUGUCCCCACUGGUCUCUGAUGCGGCUGCUGACAGAGGUCUUCCACAGGGUGACCGAGGAUCCCACAGGAACCAUUCCCUGCCCAGUCCUACGCAGCUCCUUGCGGGGGGCGCUGUACCUGGGAGACAUGCAGGCUAAGAGGCCUGAGCUGGUGUCCAGUCCUGGGGCGCAGUAUGACCUGUCUGGGGCCCGGGUGGCCCUCCUCCUGGCCGUGCUCCAAGGCCGGCCUGGGGCCCAGUGUGACAUGGCAGUUCUGGAAGACCUAUGUCAGACCCUGGGCUUUGAGACCACCGUGAGGACAGACCCCACGGCCCAGGCAUUCCAGGAAGAGGUGACCCAGUUCCGGGAGCAGCUGGAUGCCCGAACAGGUCCCGUGAGCUGUGCCCUGGUGGCUCUCAUGGCCCAUGGCGGUCGGCAGGGGCAGCUGCUGGGGACAGACGGACAGGAGGUGCACCCAGAGGCCCUGGUCCUGGAGCUGAGCCGCUGUGGGGUGUUGCAGGGCUGCCCCAAGAUCUUCUUGCUUCAGGCCUGCCGAGGGGGGCACAGGGACUCUGGCAUGGGGCCUGCUGCCUUCUCCUGGUUCUGGAGCUGGCUGCGUGCACCUCCGAUGGUCCCCUCCCACGCCGAUCUCCUCCAGGUCUAUGCUGAUGUACAAGGCAGCUCCUCUGGGGUGCCCCGUCCUGGGAGUGCUGACCACGCAGACAUCCUGACGGUCUAUGCAGCGGCUGAGGGCUGUGUGGCCUAUCGGGAUGAAAAGGGUUCAGACUUUAUCCAGACGCUGGUGGAGGUGCUCAGAGCCGACUCCGGAGGAGACCUGCUAGAGCUGAUGACUGAGGUCAACAGGCGAAUGUGCGAGCUGGCCGUGCUGGGCCCCGACUGCGACCAGCCCCGCAAGGAAUGCCUGGAGCUCCGCAGCUCCCUGCGUCGCCGCCUCUGCCUGCGAGCCUGACUGCC